AUGGCCGCCAGGAUCCGGACGGCUUCGGUCUGGGUACCGCCUCUCCUGGAACGAAACAGCCCAUGUGACAUAAGGAUCAGAAAGCUCCCAGGCCAGGAGACCAUCCUGGGUGAAGGGACCCCUGACCAGAGACCUCUUUCUGGAGCCCUUGGGCAAAGCCAGACAAGCUUUAGGACAGAGCAGGUCCUGGAAUGGCUGUGGAUUUACCGAGAGCAGCUAGAGACAACCAAGUCCCAGGGACCACUGUCAUUCAAGGAUGUGUUUGUGGAUUUUACCUGGGAGGAAUGGCGGCUCCUGGACCCUAUUCAGAAGACCUUGUACAGGACUGUGAUGUUGGAGAACUACAGCAAUUUGGUGUUCCUUGGUUAUCAGCAUAGGAAGCCUGAUGUCAUCCUCAAGCUGGAACAAGGAGAAGAGCUGUGGAUCAAGGCCCAGAUCCCCAGUCAGAGCUGUCCAGAAAAAGCCUGCGAAAUUGAUGAUAACAUGGAAUCGCAACAGGAAAAUCGAGGCAAGCUGGGAGAUGUGACAAAAGGUUAUGAAUAUACUGCCUUUGAAAAACUGUGUCUUAGAACAAAUUAUAUUUCUUCAAGACAAAAACUUCAUAAACAUGACACACGUGGAAAAUGUUUGAAUUCUAAUAUUGAUUUAACUAGUAACUAUGCUGGAAAGAAUUCUAAUGGGUGUCAUGUCCAUAAGGAAUCAUUCCUUCGUCCUAAACACGAAGAGACUCUUACCGGAAUAAAAUACUAUGAAGGUAAUGAAUCUGGAGAAGAUGUUAACCCAGAGUCACAACUUUCAUGCCAGCAAAUAUGUGUAAGAGAGAAUCCCUUUGAAUGUGGUUGCUGCGGGAUAUCUUUCAGCAGCAAGUCAUACCUUGAAGUGCAUCAGCGAACUCACACAGAAAAGAAACCCUAUGAAUGUAAUGGACAUAAGAAAGACUUCAGCAGCAAGUCAUACCUUGUUAUAUGUCAGAGAACUCAUGCAGGAGAGAAAGUUCAUGAAUGCAGUAAAUGUGGGAAAACUUUCCGUUUCAAUUCACAACUUGUUAGACACCAGAGAGUUCACACAGGUGAGAAUCCCUAUGAGUGCUGUGAAGGUGAUAAAGACUUCAGCAAGAAAGACCAGUUCAUUUCACGUCAGAGAACUUAUUCAUGGCAGAAACCUUAUGGAUGCAGUGAAUGUGGGAAAUCUUUUGGUCUGAAAUCACAACUCAUUAUACAUCAGAGAAUUCAUACAGGAGAGAAACCCUAUGAAUGCAGAUACUGUCAGAAAGCCUUUAAUACAAAGUCAAACCUUAUGGUACAUCAGAGGAUCCAUACAGGAGAGAAGCCCUAUGGUUGUAAUGAAUGUGGAAAAGCCUUUACUUUUAAGUCACAGCUUAUUGUACAUCAGGGAGUUCACACUGGAGUAAAACCCUAUGCAUGCAUUCAGUGUGGGAAAACCUUCAGUUUGAAAUCACAGCUCAUAGUACAUCAGAGAAGUCACACAAAAGUGAAACCUUAUGUAUGCAGUGAAUGUGGAAAAGCAUUCAGGAGCAAGUCAUACCUCAUUAUACAUAUGAGGACUCAUACAGGGGAGAAACGUCAUGAGUGCAAUGAAUGUGGGAAAUCCUUCAGUUUCAAUUCACAGCUCAUUAUACAUCAGAGAAUUCACACAGGAGAAAACCCAUACGAAUGCUAUGAAUGUGGGAAAGCCUUCAGUCGGAAAUACCAGCUCAUUUCACACCAGAGAACUCAUGCCGGGGAGAAGCCAUAUGAAUGCAGUGACUGUGGAAAAGCUUUUGGUUUGAAGUCACAACUCAUUAUACAUCAGAGAACUCAUACGGGAGAGAAACCCUUUGAAUGCAGUGAAUGCCAGAAAGCUUUUAAUACAAAGUCAAACCUUAUUGUACACCAGAGAACUCAUACAGGAGAGAAGCCCUAUGGUUGUAGUGAAUGUGGGAAAGCCUUUACUUUCAAGUCACAGCUCAUUGUACAUCAGGGAGUUCACACUGGAGUAAAACCCUAUGCAUGCAUUCAGUGUGGGAAAACCUUCAGCUUGAAGUCACAGCUCAUUGUACAUCAGAGAAGUCACACAGAAGUGAAACCUUAUGGAUGCAGUGAAUGUGGAAAAGCCUUCAGGAGCAAGUCAUACCUCAUUAUACAUAUGAGGACCCACACAGGGGAGAAACCUCAUGAAUGUAAUGAAUGUGGGAAAUCCUUCAGUUUCAAUUCACAACUCACUGUGCAUCAGAGAAUUCACACAGGAGAGAAUCCCUAUGAAUGCAUUGAAUGUGGGAAAUCCUUUAAUAGGAAAGACCAGCUCAUCUCACAUCAGAGAACUCAUGCUGGAGAGAAACCUUAUGGAUGCAGUGAUUGUGGUAAAGCAUUUAGCAGCAAGUCAUACCUAAUUAUACACAUGCGAACCCAUUCUGGGGAGAAACCAUAUGAAUGUAGUGAAUGUGGAAAAGCCUUUAUAUGGAAGUCACUACUCAUAGUACAUGAGCGAACUCAUGCUGGGGAAAACCCAUAUAAAUGCAGUCAGUGUGAGAAAUCAUUUAGUGGGAAAUUACGCCUUGUUGUACAUCAGAAACUUCACAUGAGAGAGAAACCCUAUGGAUGCAGUGAAUGUGAGAAAGCCUUCAUUAGGAAGUCUCAGCUUAUUGUACAUCAGAGAACUCACUCAGGAGAGAAACCCUAUGGAUGCAAUGACUGUGGAAAAAGCUUCUCUCAGAAAUCAAUUCUAAGUGCACAUCAGAGAACUCAUACAGGAGAGAAACCCUGUAAAUGCACUGAGUGUGGGAGGGCCUUCUGUUGGAAGUCACAGCUCAUUAUGCACCAGAGAACUCACACGGAUGAAAAACAUUAA